UGGACGACACUUAUGUUCGUUCAAUGCCAUGUAUAUUUCGUAUUCUAUCAUGAGCAAUCAUGCACUUUCCAUGAAUUUUUGGGUCUACAAGAAUUACUUUGAAAUGUGUAAAUGUCUUUGAUUCAAAACACAACUUCUUCAAGGAUGCCUUUCCUGAAUGAUACAUUGUCAUCUCAAAAUCAAACCCAAGACAGUAGACAUUUUGAGGCUGGAAAUGAAUCGACAUCAACUGUUUUUGUGAAUAACCUAACAGUUACAGAGGUUAAUCAGAAUCAUGAAUCGCUGGUAUUUGAGCCGUUGGUGGUAUUCAUGAUAACACUCAAUUGUUUUCUAUCAUUGUUGAUAUGCGGAAGUAAUUUACCAGUACUGGUAAGCAUCCUUUCAUUUAAAACGCUGCGUACGGCGAACAAUAUGUUCCUUCUGAGUCUAGCAAUAGCUGAUAUUUGUAUUUGGGUAGUUGUUCUACCAUUAAACAUUAUCAACCGUUAUAUGACCCCAUUCAUCUUUGAAGGGGUGAUGCAAAAUGAAAACAUCUGUAUCGCCAAGUGUUUCUUUAAUGUGUGUCUAUCGGGUGCAUCUCUUUUCAGCAUGGGUGGUAUCGCGCUAGAUCGUUACGUUGCUGUAACAAGACCCUUAAAAUAUAAAGUACUUGUAACACGCACACGUACAUUGUGGUUCAUCACACUCGGUUGGUUUUAUUCCAUUGUCGUUGGUUCCAGCUUCAUGUUUUUCAGACGUGGAGCCCAUUUUGACGAAUAUAACGUCGAAUGUGUGAAACAAGUGUUCACUCGUGGAUACAUGAUUUUUGUGAACGCGAAUAUCUUUGUUCUUUUUGUGAUCAUCUUGGUUUCACACAUUGUCGUGGCAGUUGUUGCAGUCCAACAACGUUCGAAGUGUAUUCAAAGACUAACAAGAGUUAACAAUACUCUUGCAGUGAACUAUUUGAAGGAGAGUCGGUUGGUAAAAACAAUAACUUUGGUAGUAGUGUUGUUCGCACUCUGUU